AGACAUGCAGCAGCAGCAAACGUGACCCAAACUUUAUUCUUAUUCCUUCAUUAAGAAAUGGUAGCACUUCACUGUUAAAUAGAGUAGAGGCAUCACAUAGCUCGGCAUAGUUCUAUUCUAUCACAUUCUCAUCUCAUGGCCGCCAAAAACUAUGGCUUCCUUAUCUGCAUACUUGUGAUGGUCUUGGAUAUUGUUGCUGGCAUACUUGGAAUUGAGGCAGAAAUAGCUCAAAACAAGGAGAAGCACAUGAGGGUGUGGAUAUUUGAGUGUAGGUACCCAAGCUACCAUGCUUUCAAGCUGGGACUUGCAGCUGCUACUUUCUUGGCACUUGCUCAUGUAAUUGCAAACCUGCUUGGUGGGUGCGUUUGUGUCUCGUCCACAAAACAGCUCCUAUCAGCUACAGCUAAUAGGCAAUUGGCAGUGGCUUUUCUUAUUUUCUCAUGGAUUGUGUUGGGUAUUGCGUUCUCCAUGCUGAUGAUAGGUACAUUAGCAAACUCAAGAUCAAGAAAAUCUAAUUGUGCGAUGUUGAGCCAUCGAUUUCUAUCCAUAGGAGGCAUUCUCUGCUUCAUCCAUGGAUUGUUCAUUGUUCCCUAUUAUGUUUCUGCCACAGCCACAAGAAGGGAAGAAGAAAUGAGUAACACUACACAACCCGCAACACGUACUUGAUCAUCUAUUUUUCCAAAACCAAAAUACCAUAACACCGACACUAAUUGCUAGAUACUCAUCAAGUGUGCAUUUUUUUUUUUUUUUUGUGUGUCCUAUAAUUUAUGUUUCACUUACUCAUAAUAUUGGAUUAUUGGUUGAUUGAAGGGAAAGCUCCAUUUUAUUUUAUUUUA